GUCAUUUUAUUUCAACGCUGUAAAGCGAAACCUUUUUGGUUUGAUAAAAUAUCAAAAACGCUAAGUUUUGAUUGGCUGUAUAGCUUUGAGCGCUAUGGCCUGUUUUACUCUGGCAGCAAGACUGCGCACGAAUGAGACAAUUCGAUGUUCCCACUCAAGAUUCGCUCAAAACGUUGGUUUGCCGGGGCCUUCUUCGAGAGUUUUUUGGCUUCCGAGCCGAGGGUUUCACGCGUCUCGGUCGGCGUGUGAGGAGGUGCAGGAUGAGAUGCGCGCUCAGAUUCAGAUGAGAGAGCAAUUGAGAGCCAGGUUUCAAGCCCAGGCGCAAGAAGGCGGAGAGGGUCAAGCGUCGAUGGAGUCGAUACCUGCAGAAUCUAGAUUUCAGGAGAUCGAUCCGAACGAGACGAAGCCGUUUCAGAUAGACUCUGUGCAUGUUGACAACAUUUCUGAUCGUUUGCGCGAAGAAAUCGAGAGUCUCGACGAGCAUAUCAAAGUUGCGAAGGGGGUCGAAAAACAGGCGGUACAGUUGCAUCGACUGCUUUCUGCGAUUAACGACAUCAAAACACAACGUCAAGUUGCGGAGUCUCUCGGGAAGAGCAUUGAGAGCCUGACGGCCAUCGAUAUUGCUCAAUGGAAGUUGGAGCAGCAGCAAAACUUGGUGAAAGACAUUGACAUGUCAUCGACUCCUUUGUAUUCGACCAACGAGAGCUUCCGCCUGUACAAUGAAACGUUAGAGAUAAUAGACGAUUUGUACCCGUGUGGCAAGCUGCCGAACUGGCUGGCAGAGUCUCUGGAGACCAUGGCCAACAACUACAUGCGCAAGAAGAUGACUGAGAGGAUUCGAGCUUUGCGCGUGUCCGAUCGGGUUUAUCGAGAAGUGAAGAAGAACUUGUUCCCGGAUUUGUUGGAGAAGGGCGUGACGGCGGCUGAAUACGUGGACUUCAUUGGAGAGGACAGGUUGUUGGCGCCUCUGUCGCUUCGUUUGAGAGACUUGAUUUUGAAGUGGAUGGAUGCUCCCAAAGACGAGAAGUAUGGUUUGGCUGAGGAGAUGAGGGAAAUCGUUCGGGGCUUCUAUGCCGACAAGGACGAAAAGGUGCUCCUGGCCGAAGGCGAAGAGGAUCAAGAGAAAAGGGAAAAUGCGUUCCUGGACGAAGGCGAAGAGGAUCAAGAGAAAAGGGAAAAUGCGCUCUUGGCCGAAGACGAAGACAAUCAACAGAAAAGGGCAAAGGCGAGCGAAUCUAUUUCUCGAAAAUUGGGUCGUGAGGUAAGAGAGGCAGACUUCUCCAUUGAGCGUCGAAUGUCGUCCAGCGGUACCGAUUCUUGCCACCCGCUGCUACGCAGUAAUCCUACGUAUUAUAUUCAUGGCCAGGUGAGCAAUUUGGAGGAUUUGUUGGGGCAGAUAAGAGAAAACAAAGUGGCGACGGUAGAAUGGCAGAAGUUGGACCAUUUCAAUCCUCCGACUCAAUAUCGCCCGCUCUCGGACUCACUCUUGAAGGCGAACACGAAACUUCGUGAGGACCUCCAGAUUGCCGCGCUAGACUUUCCUGCGUGGGAGGGAGGGCACGCAAAGGAGUACUUGAACUCGUCGGAGAUGUUCAUUCAGCUUAAGUUAUGGAAAUUGUUCAACUACAUCUACCCGAAGAUGGCGCAAGACGAAAUUUCGCAGAGGGAAUUUAUGGAGAUGUUCGACGUGUCUCCCGGGGAGGCGACGUUGGAAUGGACACUGAGCUACCCUCCAAAAGAGCACACGUUCUAUCCUGAGCAUCCUCUCUGGGUUCAUCCAUAUGAAGAUGACGAGGAUGAGAUUGCAAUCUUUUGGCCGCCGUAUGAACCGAUCACUCUCUAUGGAGAGACCAGGGUGACCUCCUCGUCCGAAGGAGCUGCAGGUGCCGAAGAGGAGCCCAGUCAUCACCCCGAGUCUAAGUCGGACGACGCUUGUAAGGCCGACGACCAUUCGGCCCCUGAUCAGCACGACCCCUCGGUCGGUAUGAUCAGGAGGUUCACUCAAAGAAUUCUAGCAAGGAUGAGGAGUUCGGAAGGCCAGGAUACUAAACGUUCGAUGUCGAGUAUCAAGCAACUCUUUUCGGACCAGAAAUCCUCCCAUGAACAUCACAGCCACGCACACCCGGAGAAGUAUAUAAUCACCUCGAUCCAGGACCACGAGCAAGACGAGAAGUGCGAGGCCAUCUAUUACGAAGCCUGGAAGAGACUUUCCGAGGACCAGAAGAACCGCUUCACGGUCGAAGAGGCCUAUGAGGUUCUCAGCUCUCUCACUCCCGAGGACAUCGCGGAGGCCGAGAAGUAUUGGAAGUCCCUCAGCCAAGAGCAAAAGACACAAGCCAGAUCAGAAUGGAAGAACUCUAAGUUCGACGACGACGUCGACCGAUCUCGUGGCGCUGAAGAAGUCAAAAAGUUCUUGAACGAGGCGUGAUAAACGAGACGUCCCGAUUUCUCUUCCGGAAGGGUGGAAAAAAAAACAAUUUUUUUUUUUACGGUGGCGCGAACGGACGCGCCUCUUCGCCGCUCAAGGAGACAAAACGUCCUGACUCCUUCUGAAGGGGGAAAAAAUUUUUUUUGCGAUGGUGAGAACGGACGCGCCUCUUCGCUGCUCAUUUUUCGUGACGAGCCGGCUCCUUUUCUGCGGAGCGCGCUUUAGUUAACAAUUUGAAGUAUUUCCGGGGGCGCGCUAGAUGCUCUGGCUGUACAGCAAGGAAAUGAGGUUCUGCAACUUUGUCUUUGCGCACGCCAGUUGCGGGCGAUUCGACGGGUCUUCCACGAUCCAUUCGUCGAUCGUCUUCAUGAGCUGGUGUCUUGAAAGCCAGAAGUGGAGCAUGAUCACCGACUUGAAUGGUUCUGGCGGGUUCUCUAGGACGUCUAUCAUGGCCCAUUGAAUCGUUUUUAUGCGAACUCUUUUAUUGUAGAGGGUGCUCUCGAGUUGGGCGGCCGGAUUGUCCCCGGAUCCCGGCUCGUUGAAGUAGGGAUUGGGGGUCAACACCAACGACUGAAUCGAGACCAGGACUUGGAGCAGUGUCGACCUGUUUUUGUCCCACGUCUCGAGAUUCGUGCCGUGCCACGUGUUCAGAAUGGACAAGCAGACCUUUCCGUCUGGGUAUAGAUUUGGGUUGAACCGAAAGGACCUGUCGCCGGUCGUCAUGAACCUCACCCUAGGUGGACUGUUCGGAUAGUCUGGAGGGAACCAAAUGUCGAAGAAAAAGCACCCGCCCGAGUAGGGGCUGGAUCUUGGCCCUAUGAUCAUGCACUUCAUAAGGCAUAUGUUGUCGGUGUCCGUGCGAACGAAUAUCGAAGAAUCGAAGUGAACGGGGAGGUCUCGACACAGAAUAGAUAUUUCCUGUAUUAGUCGCUUCGACGUCUGCGCGUUUGCGUUAUUCGCUUUGUAUGAAUGCGUUUUGAACCUCGCCUCCUCCAGCAGGUGAGGCUUCAUGAUGUUCACGUAUUGCUCUUCGACGUUGUUUCCCCUAAACGUCGAGGUGCCAAUCCAGCGAAGAGGCACGACUUUGGAUUCAGCCGCUGAGUCAGACAUGACGGAUUUGGCAGCUGAGGCAGCACCCGACUUAUUGGACCUGUAAAGAAAUGUUAUUCGUCUGCAAAUUUAAGUUAUUUAGCAUGGAACCAAAUGCCCGUACAUCAAAUCGUUUAAUUCGCUCGUCUCUUGGAUCUUUUCUGAAA